GAAAACAGGGAAAAAGAUGAUACUUUCCUCUCUGUCUCUCUCGUUCCUUCGUUGCUUCAUUGAUUGAUUCUCAAAUCAUCGUUGGUUCGGUUUCUUUGGUUCGUUGUCUCGCUGGCUUUCCCCUCUUUAUCCCACUUUUCCGAUCCCUUCAAUUGCAAACAAACAAACACUGCCCAAUAUAUAAUCUCUGCUUUAACUAUAAAAACUCAUUUCACAGUUGUACCCAGAAAAAGUAGGGAGAAUAAAGUGAUUCAAAUUCCAGGCACAUGCUCCUCCUCCUGGUUACUUUGUACGUCUGGAAAAUAAAAGUACUGAAGACGAUCUUUAUCUGAGAAAGAAAGCUAGGAUGCGGAGGUGGCUGUGCUGCACCUGUCAAGUUGAGGAGUCCUACCCAUCUAAUGAGAAUGAGCCCUUUAAAAGCCCAAAGAAUCAUCCUGAUGGGCACCAAAGAGGGUCAAAGGUAUCGGCUCCAGUCAUGUCAGAUCAAAAGACAAUACCACCUAUUGAGGUGCCUGCUUUAUCUCUAGAAGAGUUGAAGGAGAAAACCGACAAUUUUGGAACAAAGGCUUUAAUUGGUGAAGGAUCCUAUGGAAGAGUCUACUAUGCAGACCUGGAAAGUGGUAAAGCUGUGGCUGUGAAAAAGCUUGAUGUGUCAUCUGAGCCAGAAUCAAAUGUUGAGUUCUUGACGCAGGUUUCUAUGGUUUCAAGGCUAAAGCAUGAAAAUCUUGUUGAGCUUCUUGGAUACUGUGUAGAAGGGAAUCUUCGUGUAUUAGCAUAUGAGUUUGCAACGAUGGGUUCUUUGCACGACAUAUUGCAUGGCCGUAAAGGGGUGCAAAACGCCCAGCCUGGACCAACACUUGAUUGGAUUACAAGGGUAAGAAUCGCUGUUGAUGCCGCCAGAGGACUUGAAUAUUUGCAUGAGAAAGUUCAACCUGCUAUAAUUCACAGAGAUAUCAGAUCCAGCAACGUGCUUGUAGUUGAAGAUUACAAAGCAAAGAUUGCAGAUUUUAACCUUUCAAAUCAGGCUCCGGAUAUGGCUGCUCGUCUUCAUUCUACUCGAGUUCUUGGAACAUUCGGUUAUCAUGCACCAGAAUAUGCAAUGACAGGACAACUGACGCAGAAAAGCGAUGUGUAUAGCUUUGGGGUGGUUCUCCUUGAGCUAUUAACUGGAAGGAAGCCCGUUGAUCACAAUAUGCCUCGUGGACAGCAGUCUCUUGUUACUUGGGCAACUCCGAGACUGAGCGAGGACAAAGUUAAACAAUGUAUAGAUCCAAAGCUCAAAGAUUUUCCCCCAAAAGGAGUUGCUAAGCUCGCAGCAGUGGCAGCACUCUGUGUGCAGUAUGAAGCUGAAUUCCGGCCUAAUAUGAGCAUUGUUGUCAAGGCUCUCCAGCCACUCCUGAAAUCUCAAGUCCCUGCUCCUGAGGUUUAGUGUUCGUUCAGUUAUUUGGACUCUGCGUGGUUUCAGCCAAUUCUUUGUGAUCUGGAUUGGCCUCUAUAUUUGUUUGUGGCUUGAAUUGGCUUCUCCAUGUGAAAACAUGUUUGUCCAAUUUUUUCUGGCUGUUUGCAACUUAUUUGUUGGGAUGAGUACCAUGUUUCUUUUUUCUUCGGGUGUAAUUGGGUGCUGGGAGUUUCAAGUGGUACUAAUGUUGAUAUGAUGACUGCCGCCCUUUUUUUUUUUUCGUGAGAUGUUAAAAAUUUCUUACUCGUAUGAUUUGUCAAAUGAGAAAUCCUGGAUUCUUUGAUGUU